CUUAACAAAACCAGGCGAGCAUCCUGUAGAGCACGCGGCACCCACGCCAAAUCACUCAAUUAAAGCUGAGCUACUGUAUGCUUCGAAUCUACUUUGAGAACAGAAAAGUAUUAUGCAACGUCUUCUACGUACCUACCUUGUAGCCAUCUUGGCUACCUUUGGAGGUGCUUCGGAUCCAUUCUCCAACUCCUGCUUCGACUGCAAAACACAUGAAUUGGUGGCCAUGUGGCAUUGCUUAGAGAUGAACACCCACCUUUGUCAGGACGAUUCUGAGUGUAAAUUCAUGCUUUUCAAAGACUGUAGUGAGUUUUUAUCCCCCUCAUCUAGAUUUUGCCGCUGCAAUCUCACCUGUUCUCAGCGACUUACCAUGCUUGCCCGGCCAUUGAGUGUAGCGAUGCUUGAGAAUGGGCGCUCUGGGGAAUGAGCGGUCGGC